AUUACACAAAUGACAAACGACAUUUGAGCCAGGUGUCAUGUUGAUUCGCCCGGGUAGUAGGUAUUUUGUUAUUUAAUUACUUCUAUCUUUUUGAUUACAUAGGUACCAUUGCGCGAUUCCAUAAAAUUUGUCCCAAAAGUAAAAAUAUGACAGAAAAACAAAAAACCCUUAUUUGUGGGGAUGUUAACGGAUGUUUUAAUACGUUAUUUUCUCGUGUAGAAUUAAUUGUAAAAAAAUCAGGACCAUUCGAUGUUCUACUGUGUGUUGGAAACUUCUUUGGCGUAGAUAAUUCACAGUUGGAUGCAUAUAGAAUGAGAACAAAAAAAGUGCCAGUUACAACUUAUGUGUUUGGACCAUCUGAUGGUAAUCAUGUAAAAUAUUACUGUGAAGAAGGCUCGGAAAUUGUGCCCAAUGUAAUCUAUAUGGGUAAAAGGGGGAUUUUCACUACUAGUGCAGAUGUGAAAAUAGCAUACUUAACUGGGUUAUCAAGAAGAGAGCUAGGCAAGGACAUCCCAAUGUGUACAUUUGAACCGAGUGACUGCAGUGCUGUGAGAGAUGCAUGUUACAGAGGUCAAACCGAAUAUAGAGGUGUUGAUGUUUUGAUUACAACUCUUUGGCCCAGUGGUAUACAACAAGAUGAGGUUCAAAAGGUAGAUGUUGCAGAGGAAAGGUUAUCAAACUUAAUAGCUUGGCUGUCAAUACAUUUGAAACCGAGGUAUCAUUUUGUGCCAUCUAUUGACAAAUUCUAUGAGAGGCAACCAUAUAGGAAUCAAAGUACUCACCAAGAUUAUAGAGAAUGUGCAACAAGAUUCAUAGCAUUAUCAUCAGUGGGGAACAAAGCUAAAGAGAAAUGGAUAUAUGCUUGCUCGCUACAACCUAUCACAAAGAUGAGAAUGACAGAUCUUUUGCAAGGCACAACUGAUGAAACUCCAUGCCCGUACGAUCCUGACUUGUUGAAGCAACAUCAACCAGGAAAGGUGGUCAAGAUAUCGGGAAAUGGCCAGUUCUUCUUUAAUAUGGAUACCCAAGAUGACGAUCAUGGCAAGAGAAAAAGAAGGAGUGGAGAUAAUCCUGAUAAAAAAAGAAAAGAAAAUCCCGAUUCGUGCUGGUUCUGUCUAUCUUCACCAACAGUUGAGAAGCAUCUGGUGAUAUGUGUGGGCAGCCAUUGUUACCUAGCGUUGCCGAAGGGCCCGCUCACUCCGUACCAUGUGUUGAUAUUGCCGAUAGCGCAUCAUCAAUCUGUUACAAAGGCGCCAGAUGAAGUGAACAAAGAGAUAAAGCAGUUCAAAGAAGUGCUGAAGAAGUUCUACUCUUCGAUGGGAAUGCUGGGAGUGUUUUUCGAGAGGAACUUCAAGAGCUCGCACAUGCAGAUACAAUGUGUGCCCGUGCCGAAAGCGUGCGAGACGCAAUUGUUAGAGGUUUUUCAGGAUGAGGCUGGUAUCAACCGAAUUGAACUAGAAGUACUGCCGCCGUUCACGGAGAUAGCUCAAGUGUCCCUGCCCGGGGCUCCUUACUUUCACGCGGAGUUGCCCUCCGACCAGAUCUACGCGAAGACCAGGCAACACUUCCCUUUACAGUUUGGACGAGAUGUACUGUCAAGUCCACCGAUUCUGAAUUGCGAGGACAAAGCAGACUGGCGACAGUGUCUUUUGUCGCGUGAAGAAGAAGACUCCCUUGUUGCAAUGUUUAGACAAAAGUUCAAGCCGUUCGACUUCACAGCCGAUGUCGAUAGUGAUAGCGAUUGAUGAGAAAUGUUUAGUCCCAAAAGAGUCAUUACUGCAAGCGAGAACAAGAUAUCGGCAAUACUGCUCGCUCUUUUUGUAACUUCGUGUCUACUACGAGCUGUGUACAUUUCUAUAGCCAGGAUUGAUAUGAAUUUAAGGCAAAACUACUUGACAUUCGGCCAGACAAUAUUUAGUGUUACCGUAAAUAUGUUUUUUACUAUUGAAUAAAAUAUUUAUUACUGUUGUGAAUUAAAUAUUGAAAAAUAUGAUGCUCAUUCAAUUAAAUCUCCAUUGGAUUUUUAAUACAGUCCUUUAAACAGUAAGGCCAAUUAGCAGUUCAAAUCAAGCACUUUCUCCGUGGGAAAGAAAUGCAAUAGAAUAUGGAUUGUUUUAGGGACUCCAAAGAUUGAGACCACAUGACUGUGAAUCUUCAGCUCUGUCGGAAACGAUCCUUCCCAACCACGCUUGUGUGGAUCGAGCUUUAUGGCCCUUGAUGAAAACACCAUUCUUGGUAAUAACCAUGUUUAAUAAAACAUAGUCAUUCUAAGAAGCCUUAACCAUCCCCUCCACCCUUCAUGUAACUUGCUAUGUACAAUUUUAUUCAAAACGAUUCCACCUUAAUGAGAUUAUGAUCAGUAAUGAAUUUCAUCAAUUGUAAUUUUUAUAUCAAUGAUUGUAUUGCGAUAAAUAAAAUAACAGAAAAUUUAAA